AUAUAAGCUCCUUCCGAGUCCCCUUCGCAUAGCAUUAUUGGGCCAUGGACGGACAGAAGCCCCAAAGAGGAGAGAGAGAAACCAAUCAGGAAUCAAAGGAAGACAAGGGGAUUAUCCCACCACCUUCACCUCCAUCUUGCACCUCUUCCCCUUCCCAUGACUUCUCCUUCACAAUAUCUCUCCAACCUACUUUCAUGCCAUCACCAAAACCCAUCAACUGCAUGGAGACCACACCAUCCAAUAUUGCAGUAAUCGACAUGGCCCCGGCAGAUGACGUCUUCUUCCAUGGCCACCUCCUCCCCCUCCAUUUCCCCACCCAUCCCCACAUCUCACCCCGCCCUUCCGACAUCUCCAUAGAAAACGUCGGCCUUCCUCUUGAGAAUUUCUACAGCCACAACGAUACCGACACCAGUGAGAGCAGGGAGAGAACAAAAUUCAAGUCCUUCUCUUCCUUUUUUGGGCUUGGAAAGUGGAGGAAGGCGAGUGACAUGGGAGAAAAAGAGGAGAGCAAGACGAAGAAGAAGAAAGGAUUCGACGUCAUGAGCCGUUUCCUGAAGAAGUAUGCGAGAUUGGUGGAGCCCUUCUUAUUCUUUAAGAGGGAGAGUAGAAAGGGUGACCUUCGUCGUCGACCUUACUCCUUCUCGGGUCGUCCGAACCCAAAGGAGAAGGUUGGAUGGAGAGGAAGAAGAGGUGAAUUCUCUGCACCAGCCUCCAUGAGAACAUCUCCAACCAACAGCGGCCUCCUAACAGCUACCUCCCUGACCUUCAAUUCUUCAGAUGAGAGCACGAUGGAAGAGCUCCAGAAUGCAAUCCAGGCAGCCAUAGCGCACUGUAAGAAUUCUACUGCAAUGAAGGAGGAGAUAUGUAAAUAAUAAGAUCACAAGGAAAAUAGAAAAAGGAGUUACCUUCUUGUUUGAUUUCAUCAUUGUGUAAAAGCUCGAGUACAUGAAUUACAAGAGAAGUCUAGCAAUUUUGGGCUUGUUGAUCGAGUUUAUGAAUUUGAUACAGCAUCCAUAUCUUGUUUUAGAUCUUCUUGAGUUGUUCCAUUCCUCAUCCACAUGAAGCAAUGUGUUAUAUUAAUUUGUUUUCA